AUGAGCUCCUGGACCACGACGAUGAGCUGGGCGGCCGUCGCACUUGUCCCCCUUGUGGCGGGCCUCACCACCCCUCAGCUGCGCGACCGAAGUAUCUACCAAGUGAUAACAGACCGUUUCGCUCGCGCCGAUGGCCGCGUCGACGUCUACUGCGACCCUAACGAACGGACGUAUUGCGGUGGAGGCUGGAAGGGCAUCGAGCACCAGCUGGGGUACAUCCAGGGCAUGGGCUUUGACACUGUGUGGAUCAGCCCCGUAGUGGCCAACAUCCCCGGCAUCCCAGGUGGAGGAGAGAGCUACCAUGGGUACUGGGGAUCGGACAUUACAAAACACAACCCACAUUUUGGCACCGAGCAGGACCUGCGAGACCUCUCCAACGCGCUCCAUGCACGUGGGAUGUACUUGAUGGUGGAUGUGGUCGCGAACCAUGUCGGCGCCAUUCCGAACCAGUUCCAGCCGAUACACUACGGCCCACUGUUCUCUGCUGAACAACAUUUCCACCCCUUUUGUAUUCCAGACGACUGGAAUGAUCAGGUACAAUCUGAGCAGUGCUGGCUCACCGACCAUACCGCGGACCUGAACACUGAGUCACCAGAGGUCGUCUUUGCCCUCCAGUCCUGGGUUCGCCACCUCGUUUCCUCGUUUGGCAUCGAUGCUCUUCGCGUGGAUACCGUCAAGCACGUCCGCAAAGACUUUUGGCCUGGCUUCGUCAACGCCGGCGGCGUCGCCGCGGUGGGCGAGAUCUUGCAUGGCGAUCCUCACUAUCUUCGCCAGUAUCAGCUGCAAAGCAUGGAGAGUAUCAUGGACUACGCAACCUUCUACCAUCUGCGACGCGCAUUCUCCUCUCCCACGAUACCCAUAGACGAACUCACAGGCAUGAUCUCGCGCGUCCACAAGAUGCUGCCCGACCCUACCCUGCUGGGUUCAUUCUUAGAUAACCAUGACCAUGCCAGGUUCCCUUCCGAGGUCCGCGACCCAGCCCUCUUGAAGAACGCCGCCGUCUACCCCCUCAUCAAUGACGGCUUCCCCAUCGUCUACCAAGGGCAGGAACAUGGCCUCGCUGGUACCAACGACCCGCACAACCGCGAAGCCAUCUGGCUGCAUGGCUAUUCGACUGCCAAGCCACUGUAUGUCAUGUACUCGCGCCUCAACCACGCCCGCCAGCAGGCGUUGCAACAAUUUGCCCCCUUCCGCUCAACCUUGUUGCGAGCAAACAAGCUCGACCCGCACACCAUCUUGAUAGCCAAGCCACCGCUUGUCUCCAUCUUGACCAAUUAUGGUUCCCGCGCCCUGCCGCGCGUCUACUAUCUCCCAGCAGCAGCGACGACGUUUGCGCCGCGCAUGGCAGUCAUCGAUGUCCUCACCGGCCAGGUCUUCGCCACGGACCCCAUGGGUGGACUGGCAGUGACCGUCAUCUCGGGCGAGCCACGAGUCUUCCUUCCACUGGGUGUGUGGGAAGGCCGCAAGUCGGUGGUAUGGCAGGUCGCCCAGGUUGAGCAGCAGCUCCGGCCGGCUAUCGGAUCACCAAAGAGGAAGACGGGUGGAGCCAGUACCCCGGGACACAGUCGCGGGUCGAGCAGGAGCUCCAUGUUCAGCUGGUUCAGGGGGAGCAAGUGA